UUAAGGCCCGCGGGCCUCGGGACUCUCUACAAGACGCGGUGCGGCCGGCUGCAGGCUGGUGUUGAUGUAGAAGCCGUCCAUGUAAACCACACCCAAGUCCACGUCUCCAUUUGCGCGGAUGAGGAACAGCAGGGGGGUCGCAUGGCCAACACGACAAAGCAUGUCAGUGUAUGCAAAGCCGUGCACCGUCGCCCUGCAGCCACAUACGAGAGAAGAACAUUGCAUGUCCAAGGUGACAGACCGCUUAUUCUGUAUACUCCACAUUACUUGAAGAGCAGUUGGAUGCGUGUGCCCGUCUUCCGUAGUACGGCCACCAGCUGACUGGCAGAUGCGAUCACAGAAGGACUGGGGAUGCACGGCCCAUCGCCAUGCAGCCGCUCCAUCGCCAGGCCGUGUCUCUCCAUCGCCGCCAUGAGUGGUGCCUUCAGCCGUCGGGAGGCAUUGGAGGCGUCGACCACACUCAUGGGCGCAGCAGCACGCAUGCAGCCGGCAAAGUCGAUGGCGAGCGCAUCGGCUGAGACCUUGGGUGGGAGCCAAGGCAGGUAACGCGAGAGCAGGGCCACGGUGGCCGCCAGGUUGGUGUUCAUCAGCUGCCUUUGAUGCGGGCGUUCUGUUCGCAUCAGUGUUGCCUCCAGCAGGUCGGCCAUCGACGACAAGGCAAACGCCGCCCUCCGCAUCUAUUGGACAGAUUGGAAAGCGACAUAGAUAGUGAUUCGGAGUGCACAUCUAACUCCAUUUCUCCCCCCCACCUUACAGUUGCGAUGUCAUUGGCUGUUAGGUGAUGGCCCAGGUAUCGGAUGGACCUGCCCGUGCACCAUCCGCCCGGGCGCAAAUCGCCGGACACGUGCUGCCUUGAGCUCAUCCAGAUGGAACGGGUCAGAUAGCACCACCGUCAGCUGAAUGAUGGACUGGAUCUCGAGAACCGACCACAUGCUCGACAGAAUGAGCGCCCGGAUCGAUGACAU